AGUUUCACUUUCGCCAAAUCAUCCGAUUCUUCCUGAAACAUCUUGAGGUGGUCUGUAAGAAAGACAUUUUCAUCUUAUUUACUGACUGAGGAUUUAUAAAAGCAAGCAUCAUUAUGGUGAACUGCUGUGGUUUGGUGUCUGAGAAAAAUGUGCCAGUUCCUCUGAAGAGCAUCUCAGUGCAGCUGCACGUUCGGGAUCACGUGGCCUCUGUCCACUCCAGUCUGCAGUAUGUUAAUGAGGAGGAUCGUCCGCUAGACGCCAUGUUCGUCUUCCCACUGCCCGCCGAUGCCGCUAUCUGCCACUUCAGUGCCAAGAUUGGAGAGCAGGAGAUUGUGGCGGAGGUGCAAGACAAAGAGAGUGCGCGGGAUCAGUAUGAUGAUGCUGUGAGUUCGGGUCAGCAGGCGUUUCUGCUGGAAGAGAGUGAUGAGAGUUCAGACGUGUUCAGACUGAGUGUCGGCUGUUUGUCUUCGGGUCAGAAUGCCUCCAUCACCAUCGUCUACGUCAUCGAGCUCAGCAUUCAGGUCGAUCAUGCACUGCGCUUCUGUCUGCCGGCUGUACUCAACCCACGAUACACACCCGCAGCUUCAGCAGCCAGUGUUCCAGAAGUUUCCUCAGCAUGUGUUAUUCCUUACACUCUGUCACUGAGUGUUGAUGUAAGAUCUUCAGACCGAAUCUCCAGACUGGAGUCCAGCUGCCCUCUGGAUCCUCUGGAGUUCCUCGACGCGCAGCACACUCAUGCCACGGUGAAUCUGAGUGCUGGUCACCGGUUCGAUAAGGAUGUGGAGCUGCUUCUGUACUAUGAGAACACCCAUCAGUCCACUGCUGUGGUGGAGGCCGGAGCAGCUGCAGCUCAGUCAGGGUCUCUGAUGGGCGACCCAGCGCUCAUGAUCAGUUUGUACCCAGAGUUCCCUGCGGAGGUGAUGUCAUCAUUGGCAUCUCAAAGAGAGUUCGUUUUUCUGGUCGACAGAUCCGGCAGUAUGAGCUGGAAGAUGCAUCAUGGGAAAGACGCACAGAAGCGCAUUGAAAGUGCAAGAGACACGCUGCUGCUGCUGCUGAAGAGUUUGCCCAUGGGAUGCUACUUCAACAUCUACGGAUUCGGCUCUUGCUUUGAGUGCUUCUUCCCUCAGAGUGUUGUGUACAGCGAGGUCACGAUGGAAGAAGCUCUAAGGAGAGUAAAGAGCAUGAGCGCAGAUAUGGGUGGCACAGAGAUCCUACAGCCUCUGAAACACAUCUACAGUCAGCCCUGUUACCCAAGGUGUUUUUCUCAUCCUGAGAUUUUCUCUCAGCUGUUCGUCUUCACUGAUGGAGAGGUGUGGAACACGAAGGAGGUGCUGGAUCUGGUGAAGAGUCAGACUUUCUCUCACAGGUGUUUCUCCUUCGGGAUCGGUGAGGGUGCGAGUACGGCUCUCGUCACAGGAAUGGCCAGAGAAGGUUCUGGUCACGCUCAGUUCAUCACAGGGACUGACCGCAUGCAGCCCAAAGUGAUGCAGUCGCUCAGGUUUGCUCUCCAGCCAGCUGUGGAUGAUAUCUCUGUGGAUUGGACCGUUCCUGAGGGCGUGAUGGUGGACAUGCUGUCCCCACCCAUCAGUGCACUGUUCCAGGGUCAGAGGGCGCUCAUCUAUGCUCAGAUUAAAGGACAGGUCAAAGCUAGUUCAGGAGAGACCGAAGGAGCUGUAACUGUGAAAUACAGGCUAAAAGAUCAACCAGUGACUAACCAGCUCCAGUUUACUCUUAAACCAAAGGAAGACACAGGGCUGACGAUCCACCGGCUGGCGGCCCGGUCUGUGAUCCGCUCUCUAGAGCUGCAGGAGCAGGCCGGACGAGCUUCAGGUGUGGAGAACAUCAGGAGCAGGAUUGUGGAGCUCAGCGUUCAGGCCGGAGUGAGCAGCGUUCACACGGCCUUCAUCAGCGUUAAUAAAGACAGCAAACAGACGGUCAAAGGGCCGCUGCUGCAGAGGAGAGUGCCAACAGGGCUUAUGUUCGGAGGAUCUGCAGCGUAUGGUGCCCCUAUGCCAAUAAACUGUAUCGUGUUUGGUGCCCCUAUGAAUAUGUGCGGAAUGGCUGCUCCUGGAGCUUUAGGAAGUGCGAGACGUGCACGGCCACCAGCAUAUUCUUCUGCACAGUUUAAGAGAAGUAAACAGCCAACAGUCGAACCUGAGCCCCGGAUGGACCCUUUGCUCCGGCUGGUCUCUCUUCAGAAGGCCGCGGGAUGCUGGGAGCUGAACGCCGCACUGGCUGACGUGUUUGGGAAGACGGAGGACGAGGUGACCAAUCACAGACCGGCUCAGGUGGACGGGUCAGUGUGGGCCACCGUCCUCGCUCUCAUCUGGUUACGUGCGUAUAAAUUAGAUCAGCGGGUGGAGUGGCAGUUUGUGGCCAUGAAGGCGGCGUCAUGGGUCCGCUCUCAGAAACGUGACGGCCUGUCUCAGUGUGUGUGUGAGGGGAACAUGCUGUUAGGAUCUCAGGUGACUGAAGACGCGCUGGGAAUCUGAAGACUGAAGAAUCGUGUGCUGACAGAAGACCAAAGAACUCUCACUCUUUAUCACAAACAUCUGCGUGUUUCUUUACUAGGCUAAAAUAUAAACAUUUUUAACAGAAUAAAACUAAAAAACGAAAAAAAAAAUUCUGUAUCAGUGGCAGAGAGGUUUUUUUUUGUGUGUGUGUAUGUAAGCUUCAGGGCCUGUUCUAAAUGCAUGUUAUUGCUCUAAAUAUAAUUCUAAAUGUAUAAUCUUAAACAUUAGGCAGCAAAACUGAUGACACAGCAAUCAUCUCUGCAUGCUAACAACGGCGAGAGGAGAGAGCUGAGUCGAUCAUCUACAGGGGUUUAUACUUACACAUACAGUACCAGUACAUUAGAUCAUGGACACUUUACUAUUCUAUACUGUAUGUACAGUGCACUGUAGCACAUGUUGUACACCUUCAAGCGUGUGACUGUCAAAUUUUGUUUGUAACCAUUUUUAUGUGUAGGCCCUACUGCACUACUGACUCGACUUUUACACCGUUUUCAAUUUCACAAAACACUUUUUAGAAAACAAAACACACAGUUCUCUAUGUAACACACACAAAUCUAACAGGAAUUAAUAUUAUGGCAAAUGUGUUUGAUUUUGAGAUGUUUUUAUGAUGUUUUGAACGCAGUGCUUCAUUUUG